ACAAAAGAUCACAACUUCUUAAUUAUUAAAGAAAAACGCACUCCAUCUAUACAUACCAAGAAAGCUAGGAGAUCGAGAUCGAAUCAAGGUAUGGAUUACAAGGAGGCGAAGACAAACUUUUACAAGCAACAGUUUGAAAAAUGUGUAGCAGCUCAUGAAACAUCGGAAGACCAAGAUGGCAAUCGCAUUCUUCGGAUUCCUCUACCAGAAAUAACCAAGCCGGAAUAUAUAAAGGUGCAAUUAACCAGCCGAGGGGCGAUUAGGAUCACUUGGACGCCGAAUGUAAUUUUGGAAGGAGUAACGACACCCUUGGACCCCAUGGUCUACCCAAAAGAUAUAAACUUUAUUUCUGAUGAAGAUCAUGACUCGGCCAGCGUUAGUGCAAAGUUUGAAAAUGGCGUUCUCACUAUCACUGCUCAGCCACUGCGGAAGCCUUCACCAACUCCACCGGCCAUUCUACAAAAUCAAGUACACCCAAAACCCUCACAAACCAUGGAUAAAAAAGGAGUUGAGGGGAAAAGUGAUGGUGGCGCACCGAUGCCACAAACCACACAGAACAUGAAUAGAAAUGAAAAUGAAUCUAAAAAGGGAGUCGAGGCGGGAAGUGAUGGUGGCGUUCUUAAAGAUGACACGGCACUAAAAACUAAACAGAGGACUGAUAGAGGUGAUCAAAGCGUUGAAACUGCUAAAAGAAGAGCUGAGGAGGAAAGCGGCGGCAGCGGCCUUGAAGACGGAAGGACGAAAAGCAAAAGUAUGGGUAAAGAAGAAGAAGAAGAAAGGCAUACCAGAAUUCCGGCAGCGGCGCCGGCGGCAACCACAACAGAAAUAGCGGCCGGUUAUAGUGCUGCAGCAGCAGCUUAUUUUGAGGGCGCAAAAGAGCUGAUUAGGACUCAUCGACGGGAAAUGGUGACUGUGGCUAUGGGUUUGGCGAUUCUAGGCAUUAGCAUUUAUGUUAUAACCGGCCGCCGCCAUGAUUAGAUCCAUCCAACCUUUGAGAAAUUAAACCUGUUUAAUUUGAUGUAUCUCGGAGGAAGAUUAACAUAAAUUUACCGCCUGCGGGCAUGUGUAUUUACCGCCCGCAUGCAUGCAUGUGAUUUAGUUUAAUUAUAUGUACGUACGUCUAUAAUGAAAUAAACAAAAUACUACUCCCUCCCAUUCAAAAACAAGUUCCACUUCAUUAUUCAUUGGUCAACUUAAG